GGAUUCUAUGGGGUUGUCACUAACCUUUCGGAGAACAGACGCUGCGUUAUCGCAAGGGAUUUUUAAAAAUAUUUUUUUUUCCUCAAUGCCGUUCCCCUUUGACAAAUUAGAUUAACUUUUGCUUAUUGAAAGGCUCAUUCAUUGUUUACAUUUUUUUCCGUAAUGUCCGUACUUUAUAUUCAAGGUUAUUGUGGAAUAUUGUUGCACUUGAUUUGCGCGGAGGAAAAGGGCUUGUUUUUUCAAACAUUUUUAGUCGCGUUCUUAACAUAAUGAACAUGGGCACACCGGGACGGCAUUCAACUACUCCAUGGACUCUGGAAAACUCGUCCUUAAAUGAAUUUGUCAACGCAUCUCCACCCGUCCCUUACGCGGAACAAUCCGAAUCGUUUAACGAUGUCUUUAUAACAUCUUUAAUAGGUACGGUGCUCACAGGGAUGUUUUUGAUCGGGGUUGUUGGGAAUGUAUAUACCUUGGUCGUUAUGAAUAUAUCUGUCCGGGUGACGGGAUCUAUGUAUGUCUACAUUGUCAACCUGGCUCUAGCGGAUCUUCUGUAUCUCUUUACCAUUCCCUUUGUAGUUUGCACAUAUUUUGCAAAGGACUGGUACUUUGGAGACAUUGGAUGCCGGAUUGUUUUCAGUCUGGAUUUCCUUACCAUGCACGCCAGCAUCUUUAUUCUGACUAUCAUGAGCACGGAGAGGUACAUGGCGGUCGUCAACCCCUUGGACACGUUCGGAAGAUCCAGGAGUUACAGACGGAUGGUCACCUGUGUGGUGUGGAUAGUGUCGUUCAUGCUGGCGCUGCCAACUAUGAUCAUGAUCGACCUUAAAAGUAGCCUCGACAAGAAAGGUGUUCUGAAAAGAAUGUGUCAUCCAACCUGGCAGAUCAGUGCCUACAAAGUCUACCUGACAGUUUUGUUUAACACCUGCAUCCUGGCACCUGGACUCAUCAUCGGCUAUUUGUACCUUAGAUUAGCAAGAACUUACUGGGUUUCUCAGACUACCGUUGUCACAGCUGAAGGUGUGACCAGCUGUCCCAAGCAGAAGGUACUUUAUAUGAUCUUCAGUAUUGUUCUAACUUACUGGGCAUGCUUCCUACCAUUUUGGCUCUGGCAAUUACUCAGUAUAUACUACUUUGGAAAUGGAGACCUCUCUCAUAGGACGAUGGUAUAUGUGAACUUCAUUGUGACUUGUCUGGCCUACAGUAAUAGUUGCAUCAACCCUUUUCUGUACACACUAUUGACAAAGAAUUACCAGGAAUAUGUGAGGGAUCGGCAAAAGCGAGGUAUGGGAUUCAGAAGGAAGUUAAGGCACUCAUCACAGAGGUCAGUGUCCUCAGCAAGUCAUCAGUUUACCAAUACUAUGACCCUCACUCCUCAAAAUGGUGAGCCAGAUGCACUCAGUAAGCUCUGAUAUAAAUAGCUUAUAAUGCCAAUGUAGUCUAUUCCCUAUUGCUGUAUUGGUCCAUAUUUGUGGUUGCUUUAUAUGUGAUUGCUUAUAUAAAAUUGUGAAAUAGCUGCUAUAGAUGAAACAGACAAAAAAAGUGUUUUUGAUUACACGGAAUGAAGGUAUACGCAUGUAGUGCAGUAGCUCAUACUGUUUGAGCGUAAAUGAGAAAAAGUCUGAGAAACUUUGGAGCAGGAGAUCAAAUUCUUCAGAUUCACAGGAGAUAUAUGUGCACAUUGGAAGAUUUGGGACAGAUGGUUUUUAUAGGGAUGCCUUUCAACCCUUGUCUUGACAAGCUCUGAUGGUAUUUUCUCCUGGCAAAAGAAGGAGAAUAUGAUAUAUCUGACAUGGUAUUUAUUUAUCUAUUGUGGUCUUGUACUCAGUGGUCUGCUCUGAAAAGUGUGUAUUUUUUUCUGUAGAAAUAAAAAGAAGUUGAAAAAUUGUCUAUUUAAGGCAUGAACAAAAGCUGUUUUGGAGACCAACACACAGGCAACCUCAUCUUGCUGUAACCGUGUAUUGUUUAUCUGAUUAUACAUUCAAGGAAAGAUGUUAAGAUUAUUGACCUCUGAUCUAAUUUCAUUGUUGCUAUCAAUAUUUCCAUGAAGGUGGUUUUGUGUCAUAAUUAUCUGCUGUAUUUUAGGAGUGGUUCGACAUCCAUUUCUCGGUGCCUCACCGAGGUAUUGUAAUUAUGUCAACAACACUUUUAGCUGUUGAAUGUCAGACUUAUAAAAAAGAAGAUAAAUAGUAGGGGUUGGAAAGUAUUUGGAUGAGUCAGUACAUAGAAUGUGAUUACCUCUGUAAAGGUUUUGUGUAUUGUUGACAAAACACCAAAGUGGUUUCUUACCAUGCUUUUAGCUGUAUGUGCAGUAUUUACAAAAGACAUGUAAGAAUUCUGUACUUCGUUAUUUGCAUGCAUUUUGUGUAAUUCAGUUGUUUUGAUCUUUCUCUCAGCAGAACGGAAAUAACAAAAUGUACAAAUCACUUAAUAAAUGUUUACA